UGUCCCCCUUUAGCACAGCUUGACUUUGGGGAAAUGAAGCUAUGUCACUUGAAAGAUAUAACUUUACUGAAAGAAAAAUGGCAUUCUGGCUCUGCGCUCUGAUUGGCUCUUCAAGUUCUACUGUCGCCGCGUGCCUCAAGGCAACAAAGGCUUCGUAAAUUUUGCAUGCGAGACGUCAGAGUGACUUUGAAGUUCUGGCGUCCAGAGGCGAAUCGCACGGAGGAUGUCCGCGUCCGCAAACUUGAGUGGAUCAGACGGAGAUCGGACCAUGGAGCAGCGCAAAACUCAGGUAUCCAGCCAUCCCUUUAGCGUGGAGUCGCUCAUAAAAAGCCACAAAACUAGUAAGGACUUUGAAAGAAGGCGUGAGGAGGAUUUAUCCAGUCCAUUGGCUAAGACUGAGAUCAGGGAUUCUUGUGGUUCGGCUGGAAUACCAAAGCAAUUUAUGCAGACCUCACCCGUCAAAUCGGAAUCCCCUGAACCGGAUGACUGUACAUCAUGGGUGAUGGACUCUAGAUACUCUCAAACGCGUCAGGUAAGUCCAUGUCCUCUCCGCAAGCACAAGACCAACCGUAAACCCCGCACACCGUUCACCACGUCCCAGCUCCUUGCCUUAGAGAGAAAGUUCCGGCAGAAACAGUACCUGUCCAUUGCAGAGCGAGCAGAAUUCUCCAGCUCCCUCACCCUUACAGAGACCCAGGUGAAGAUCUGGUUCCAGAACCGACGGGCCAAGGCCAAACGUUUACAAGAAGCCGAGCUGGAAAAGCUCAAACUGAGUGUCAAACCUACACUGCAUUCGAAUUUCAGUCUGCCUCUUCCUCUUGGGACCCAACUUCAUUCGGCGGUCUCGCUCUAUGGGCAGUCAUACCCCUAUCAGAGGCCUUUACUGCCUGUUGCUCCAGUAGGGCUUUAUGGAACCCCUUUAGGGUACAGCAUGUAUCACCUAGCCUGAGAUGAAAUGCUAUGAACUUGUGCUGUUGUGCUGGGGAUGUAUACAAAGGCAAUGUUUACAUACUUUAAGUAAAAAAAAAUAUAAAAAAAAAAAAAAAGCAACAAUUUUAAAUCCAGUAAAUAUUUCAUAAUGUGCCUUCAUACACAGGUCUUAAACGCCUGAAAUGAAAUUCGGGAUAUCAUACCUCACUUUCCACUGACAGAGAGAUCAAAUUUGACCCUGUGGAUGGAUAAUUCUAUUGCCAAACCUUUUUGUACAAUAUAUUUGUAUCAUACAUAAUUAUGUAAUAUAUUGUAAAACUAAUUAUUUCUUGUACAAAAUUAUUGUCUUAUUAUUUAGAUAAAUUCCACUGCAAUUGAUGCUGAUUUAAUUUCAUUCCGUAAUAAUAUGUUCUGACAAGCUUUAGAUUUAUUAUUGUAUUUUUUAUUUUUUUUUCUUAGUUUUGUCAAAUUGCUUUGCUAUUAAAGCCCCAGGUAUUUUUAUUAAAGCCCCGCUUACAUUUUUUAAAAUAAUUUAAAUGGCAAGGUGAAUGCUUUAAUAUAAGAAAACUAUUGGUAUAUUCACAUUGAGAAGAAACAAACCUUGAGUGAAAUUUUAUAUAAAAAAUGUAAAGAUUUUUUUACCCUAUACUUUUUGUUCAAAAUGUUUAACAAAGAAACAAGUUCUACAAUAUGAUAUAUGUAAUUAGUCACUUGUAACUAAAAUGUGGAACUUUUAUUUUUGUGCCACAUUUAUAUAUACUGUUUAUAUUUAUACUGUAAUUUUACUUUACUGAAAUGCCUUUGAAAGGUGCUGACAUGUACAGUUAAGAUAGUUUCUUAGAAUGGUAUUUGACUUUUUUCAUCAAAAAAUAAACACCACAGCGUUUGUUUAUUAAAUUGUUUAAAAAAAAAUAAAAAAAAAUAAAAAACUUUUUAUUAAAACAUAAUAUUUCAAAAAGCACAUCAGGAAGAUUAGUUAAGAGAAGAAGACUUUCUUUAGUAAUUCAGCUUCAAAAUUGACUAGGCUACAUAAAGAGGCCUGUUCUAUUCUAUAUUCUACAUGCUUGUACGAGGUUGGGCACAUUACAGUAGGCUACUUAUGUGGUUCCCUGGAAUUUAUUUCUGGGUAAAUAGUGCAACUAUCAUAACGUGCCAAGUUCGUCCAUAAUGAAUGUGUAGGCAGCAUUGCUGAGAAAUGUCAGAUGAGUUCAGCGGUUUCUUUUAGAGUAAAUUUGGAUAAGUUGACAACACUUAUUAAUAACUUUUAUUAAUAAAUAUCAUAUUAUGCUUUACAGAUCCAUAGUUCAUUUAC